UUUUUCCACGCGGUGCAUUCUGGGGAGCUAGGUCGAGCCCGCUGCUACCGCCGUCGCCUGAGGGAAGCGAGAAGAGGCCGCGACCGGGGACAAAACGCGGAGUCGCCACCGGAGAGAAGUCGACUUCUUAGCAGCAGCCGCCGCCAGAGAGGCCCCCCCACCCGUUCGCCCGUCCCCCUGCCCCGUUCACAAUGCAGCCUGCUUCUGCAAAGUGGUACGAUCGAAGGGACUAUAUCUUCAUUGAAUUUUGUGUUGAAGACAGUAAGGAUGUUAAUGUAAAUUUUGAAAAAUCCAAACUUACAUUCAGUUGUCUUGGAGGAAGUGAUAAUUUUAAGCAUUUAAAUGAAAUUUAUAUUUUUCACUGUAUUGAUCCAAAUGAUUCCAAGCAUAAAAUAACGGACAGAUCAAUUUUAUGUUGUUUACGAAAAGGAGAAUCUGGCCAGUCAUGGCCAAGGUUAACAAAAGAAAGGGCAAAGCUUAAUUGGCUUAGUGUGGACUUCAAUAAUUGGAAAGACUGGGAAGACGAUUCAGAUGAAGACAUGUCUAAUUUUGAUCGUUUUUCUGAGAUGAUGAACAACAUGGGUGGUGAUGAGGAUGUAGAUUUACCAGAAGUAGAUGGAGCAGAUGAUGAUUCACAAGACAGUGAUGAUGAAAAAAUGCCAGAUCUGGAGUAAGGAAUAUUGUCAUCACCUGGAUUUUGAGAAAUAACUUCUCUGCAAGAUUUCAUAAUUGAGAGAAUUGCUGAGUUGAUAGCUCUAAAAGCAGAUGCUGUAUUUGCCUACUUUAACCCAUUUUUCAACCUGUUUGUUUUUUAAAAGGCUUCACUAAGGGUUCAUAUGUACCAUUGUUUGGGGCAAUUUUAAGUCAGCUAAGGCAAUAACCUUAUGCAUGAACAUUUCCCAGACUUUCAUGAAGCUUUGAGGUCCUAGGCAAUUGAUGCAGCAGUUAUGAUAAAAACAUUUCGCCUAAGUCUCCUUUUCCUCAUAACAUAGAUACUGACAUGAUAGGAAGCUUAGGGAAAGAAAACUAGAGUAUAGAACAUGGAUUCAAAAGUGGCUGGAACAAAUUGGCUGACACCUUACUGGUGGUAACCUGCUGUUCCUCUAGUGUUACCCUUCAGGAUUGUUCCACUAAAGUUUAUUUU